AUGUCCUUUGUGGAUGAGCCACCUGAGACUCAGAAGGGGGAGUGUUUUGCCUCUAGUUGCCAGGUGUGGCAGUGUGGAGGGAGAAUUGAGAUCUUACCCUGCUCCCGGAUUGCUCACCUAGAGAGACACCACAAGCCUUAUGCCGUGGAUCUGAGUCUUGCCUUGAAGCAUAAUGCUUUGCGAGUGGCUGAAAUCUGGAUGGAUGAGUACAAACACAUGGUCUAUUUGGCCUGGAACAUACCUCUCCAGAACUCUGGAAUCGAUUUUGGAGACAUUUCUUCCAGAAUGGCACUCCGGAAAAAACUGAAAUGUAAAACUUUUGACUGGUAUCUGAAAAAUGUUUAUCCAAACCUGAAGCCAAUCCACAACAUUGUGGGCUACGGAAGAAUGAAAAACACGUUGGAUGAAAAUAUCUGCCUGGAUCAGGGACUUGUUUCAGGCAAAACCCCCAUCAUGUUUUACUGUCACAAAUACAGUCUGCAGAAUGUCUACUAUCACCUAACCGGGGAAUUCUAUGUGGGACCACUGAUUACAGAGGCACGUACUGAUGAUCACUGCCUGGCAGACCCUGGCAAUGGGGAGAAGCCCACUUUAGAGCCAUGUUCCAAGGCAGCCCAAAACAGACUGCACAUAUAUUGGGAUUUUAAACUGGGAAAAGCUGUCAUGAACAGAGCCACCAAGCGAUGUCAGGAGAUGAAGAAAGACACUUCGGGCAUCUAUGAGCCUGUGCUCCAGACCUGCACCACACAAGCGUGGACGAUACAGUAUACUGUGCAAAACUGGGGGUCAAACUAG